CAAGAAUGUAAAUGUUUAUGUAUAUUCUCUCUAUGAUGAUAGAUACGAUGAACUUAAGAAUAAAACCGGUUCAUUUAAGAUACAAAUACGACCUAAAAGUGCACCCAUCAUGCACGAGUUAUUAUAACCAUAUGAUAAGCAGUUGUUUUGAUUGCAUUAUCUUCUAUACAUCUUCAUAAGAUUUUAUUUUAUGAUGAGGUUGUGAUGAAUGAUAUUCGGUAUUAAAUUUACCGCACACAUUAUAUUCGAUUUAUGAUCAGUUUGUAUCUUAUAAAUCAAUUCGAACCAAACAUGUGGAAUUUCAUCCGCCAAAACAAUUAUUUUUUAUUUGAUUUAUACAUAUUCUUGUUUAUAUUUUCAUAUGGCAUCUAUAUAUUAACAACUGGCUGGUUGAUUCAGGAUAAAAUUUGCCGAAAUCUUUUUAAUCAAAGUCGAACAUUUUGUGAAUACAUUAAUGAAAAAGAUCGAUUCGAUGAGAACGAAAUUAUUAUUCGUGAUGAGAUUCUUGCAUUCGGAGCAAUGUUCAAUAAUUAUGCAAAUCUAAUUAAAACAUUGCCAAUGUUUGCAUGGUCAUUAUUUGUUGGUUCAUUUCUGGAUCGAUUUCCUAACGCUACAAAGAUCUUAUUCAUUUGGAUGAAUAUCAUACAAAUUUUCGAAUAUAUAUUCAACAUAGCCAAUGCCUACUAUUUCGAAUUGAGUCCUUAUUAUCUUCUUUUGGUUAAUCUAACUGUGUGUCUGACCGGUGGAAUGACAACUUUUCUUGCAGCUAUCAAUCGUUGCAUUGUCGUCAAUUCUAGUCCUGAAUUUCAUGCAAUUUAUUUCACUAUUCUACAUGUUAUAUUAGUAAUUGCACCAUCAUUGGGAACAUUGAUAGCAGGCAGUAAUAUCCAUUUUUUGGAUGACAAUGAACAAAAUACACAGCUAAGAAACUAUAACCAAAAUUUUAUCAUUAUGCUUGGAAUAAGUUUGGUUUCAUUAUUGAUGAUUCUAUUAAUCAAAGUCGAGAGAGAUGAAACUAUGAAGGAAACAAUCGGCGAUUCCGAUUCUGAAGCUCUCAUCAGCCCGGAUAUGAACAACAAUAUUUCAGACAAUACUAAUCAAUCAGUGAAUGGAAUUUCGCAAAGAUUGUUUACAGUUCGGGAAACAAAAUUCGGCAAAAUCAGAAAAAUUAUUCGGACAUUUUUUGAUUUUGAAAAUGUUCGCCAAACUUACCAUUGUUUCAUUAAACCUCGCCCUAUUCAUGCUCGUGAACAAAUAUUUUUUAUGGUUUUCAUUUUAUUUCUGUUUUUAACUAAUAUGACAGGAAUCGAUUCAAUAUUCUUGCAAUUUUCACAACAAGUCUAUCAACUAGAUGCUCAAGAAUAUUCCUUCAUUUCAGUUUAUAUAAAAAUUUUGCCAACAAUAGUCUUAUUGAUUAGUUCAUAUGUUUUGAUCAAUAAACUGCAAUUGAAAGAUGGAACAAUGUUUGCCUUGACCAUAACGUCCGGUUUUAUUAGCCAAGUUUUGAUCGGAACAUUUCCGAAUCUACUUAUUUUUUUGGUCGCCAUCUUCAUAGGUGCUUUGUUCAACUUGGCAACCAUAGUAAUUAAAACAAAAAUGGCAAAAAUAGUAGCCGCUGAUGAAGCGGGAAAAAUAUUCAGUAUGACCUCUACAUUGGAAUCAUUGUCACCAACUUUAGGUGCAUUGAUAUUUUCUACCAUUUUUGCUUCAAGCAUUUCAUUUUAUCCUACAAUGUGCUUCCAUAUUGCAGCUUUAAUUACUGUAAUAUCAUUAAUUUUAGCCUUGUUUCAAGAUGUUUAUUUUAAAAAUUAUGACCAAUAAUAAAUUAUAAUAGUUCUUAUCUGUGA